GUCUAUAUCUAUGAAAUAUAAAAUAUUGCGCAAUUUUAUUUAAAUUACGUCGAAUAAUUUUAUGUACACUUUUGUUGCUAAGACAACGCUAUCGGUAAAUUAACUCAUACGUAUACUAGAAUUAUAAAAGUACUUUGUUUCUAAAAGUAAAAAGUGAUUAAAAAAAAUGUCAUCAUAUGCAACACCAAUACUUUAUUUAAAUAUGGGUGGCGAAAUGUUAUAUGUUUUGCGACAAAGAUUGAAAGCACAAAGAAUAAGUAUUGAUAAAACUAUACAAGUAUUAGAUGAUGUAAUUGCAGCACUGCUUAAUCCUAAAAGACUAUCUUCUAUAUUUGAAGAAAAAUCUUUGACUAAAGUAUCUUUUUUACGAUCUACUUUAGAAUCUGUUGUAUUAUCAUCAAUAAUGAAACUUGAUAAAAAUAGUAUGGAUAAACUAUUUGAUUUAAUGAUUAUGAUGGUUAAAUAUCAGUUAAUUGCAGCUACUGGUCCUGUAGAAGUUAUAUUAUUAACGUUAAAUCAUAUAGAUGCAAUGCGUGAUAUGGUUAGCAAUUCAAAUGCUCAACAAUGUAUUGGAUUGGUACAUCAAAUGGUAAUUGAUUUUUAUAGUAUUUUAACUUUUGAAGAAGUUUGGAAUGCUAGGAAUGAUUGUAUAAAAGAAUUAGAAUAUUAUUGUGUGAAAAUAUCUAUUCUUCUUAGACUUGGGUUACAAAAUGAUGAUGGAAGUUUUAAUUCAAUGCAUCACAAAUAUAACGAAAAAUAUGAAGAGAAUAAAACUAAUUUUUGUAAUAUUAAAUUAUGUGAUAUAAAUUUAGAAACAUACUGUAAUGGUUCUUUUAAUUUUUUUGGAGAACGCGGUACAAUACUUGGAAAAAAUAUGUAUUCAAUGUCAUAUGGUAUAUCAAAAUUAACUUCUGAACAAGAAAACCAAAAUUAUAUAAAAGACUGUGGUAUAAAAGCAGAACUUGGUAUGUUAGCUGUUCAACUAGGAACUGAAGAAACUUCCUAUAAACGACCUUUUACUUUAAAUUUGCUUUCAAAUGAAGAUAAUGAUAAUGCAAACAUAAAAGAAAAUUUUGAUUCUUUAAAAGAUAGUCACAAUGAUGCAAUUGUAAAAUUUGAAAAAACAAAACUUAAUGAAGAUUAUAAAACGAAACUUGAUAUUAUACGUGCAGAUCUUUUUGAAAAUGAUUGUGAAGAGAUAAAACAUAAUACAAAUUUGUUGGAAUUAUUAGAUAAAACGGAAUAAUUUUAAUCUACUUUUCAAUUACAUUGUAUAAUUAAUGCAUAAAAAUUUUCUUGAACUUUUUCUUUACAUAUAUAAAAAUUCUGUCACACAAAUAAAUAUUUUUUUUAUGUAGAACAAUAAUUCAUUUUUUAUAUUAAUGUAGUUAAGUUUUAUUUAAUUUUUUAUCUGCUAUCUAUGAUGAAUUAUUUUAAAAUUACUUCGUAGUUUUAAUGAAAAAUAUAUUUAAUUUAAUUUAAUUAAAUUCAUUACAAAAUGUAUCAUAGCAAACAUCAUUAAGUUAUUUUUUGCAUUAAACAUAUUAACAUUCAUUUUUAAUAUAUAAAAAUGAUACUAAGUAUAAUAAAAAAUGCAAUCGUUAAAAAAUUGUUAAAUUACAAUCUAGAAAAAAAAUUUACUUUAUGGUUUAGUCAUAUCCAAGAUAUAUUUUACUCCAGUUCGGCCAUCUGUAUGUAAUGCAUUUAGAACAGCUUCUUGAUACUGAUGAAAUGGUACUAACUUAUGAAGUGGAGCCUUUAAUUUUUUGUUUUUAAAUAAUGCUCCUAAUUCACGAAACAUAUUUUGACGCUCUAUAGAAUCCAUAUUUUUUUUUGUCCAUGCUGUCAUCCAAAAUCCUUUAAAUGUUAUAUCCUA